AUGAUGGAAAAUUCUUUUGGUAUAGAUAGCAAAAAGACCUUCAAGAGAUAUACUCGCUUCCUCCUACCAAUAUUUGGCCUGAUCUUAAUUGUAUUUUCUAUUUUACCUAUUUUAAACUUUAUAAAUGAUCCUAUCAGACAAGGCUUCAGCGAUCCCUUCAAAAGAAAAUUAAGGCAAAAGAUUUCAGACGAGAAUGAGUUCCAAGAAUUUUUAGAAAGGUAUAAUAAAAACUAUGAGACAGAAGACGAGUAUUUCACUCAUUUCAAAAACUUUUUGAUUAAUUACUCUUUUAUUAGGUAUCAUAACAUGCUGGGAAAAUCAUGAACACUUUCAAUAAAUAAAUUCGCUGAUUUAUCUACAACAGAUUUUCAGAGCCAAUUCCUGAUGAAUAAAAUUGAUAUUCCUCUGAUCUCAAAUAAGAAAAUUGCGACUUUUGAAGAAAAUCCUCAAAUUCCUGUAGAUUUAGACUGAAGAGAUACAGGCGCAGUUCUGCCAAUACGAGAUCAAGGACGUUGCUUUAGUUCAUGAGCAUUCUCAGCAGCUUCUAGUAUUGAAAGUCUUCAAUAUAUCGCUACUAAUAAGACUGCAAGCCUUUCUCCACAACAGCUGGUUGAUUGUUCAGGCUCAUUUGGAAGUGAGGGGUGCUAUGGCGGCACCCCAUCUCAAGCGUUUUCUUAUGUCAUUCUAAACGGAAUUGUUAAAGACAGCAAAUACCCUUAUUUGUCUACCAAUGAAGAUUGCCAAAAGAAAAAAAUAAAAAAACCAUAUGUGAAAAUAUCAGAUUUUAAUUAUGUAAGUCCUAAUGAUGCAGAAUCACUAUUAAACGCAGUCGCCCAGCAGCCGAUUUCUGUAAUGGUAGAUGCUGAUCCUAAAAUAUGGCAAUUUUAUCACAGCGGGAUAUUAACUGAAGACUGCGGGACUGGCCUUAAUCAUGCUGUGGUAAUUGUGGGCUAUAAUAACACAGAUGCCACACCAUAUUGAAUCGUGAGAAAUUCUUGGGGCAAUUGAUGGGGUGAAGAAGGCUAUAUUAGAAUAGCAAACGUCGCUGGAAGCGGAAUCUGUGGCAUCAAUAUGCUGCCAACCUUCCCAAUAUUUUAG